AACUUACUGCGUCGGCUGCAUUGCCUCCAUCGCGAAGUAAAUCGAUGCCAACCGUGCUGCACACCUCAACCUCUGAUGUGACUGCGCCAUUUGCGCCGAUUUUCCGUUGGUGACUCUGAACGGUCCAGGGCAAUAUAGCUAAAACAGUUGAGCAAAAUCGGUAAGCCAUCCGCGGAAGCGCUUCACAAGUGAAACAAAAAUGAAGUGCCGUCGUUGGCGAUGAGCAAUGAGUUCGUGAAUAUGCUCGAGGGAAUCUGGUGCUCGAACAACGCGCAUGACGCGCGGCAUGAGUGCACGAGGCGGUAUUGACAUAUCUUAUCGAUAUCCCGGUAAUGCGGGAUUCGGCCUUCUGAGUGGAACGUUGUUCAGAAGUGGUUGGCGCUGUCAGCUGUGAUCUGAUGGCCUACGCGAGCAGCGCUACUGUAGGUGCGCCGGUGGGCCCAUCGCGGACGCCCCUGGUUUGCGUCCCGCCCCGAGCGGCUGAUCCCUUCCACGCUACCAUCCCGAGGUCUAGUUGGCAAUCUAGCACAACAAACCACAAUUGUCGAAACCACCGCGCAAUGGACAUCGACAGAGAAAUCACGACUUCUUCUGACAGCGGCGACUCAGGGUCAUCGGAGGAUCAGCACCCACCGUCCACAGCCUCACGACUCACAUUCUACGACGCCUUCACCUUACUUGUGAGCCUUCAGGUUGGAUCUGGCGUGUUCUCCUCUCCAUCACAGGUCAAUAAUCACUCUCCUUCGCCGGGCGCAUCGCUUAUCAUCUGGGCAAUAUGCGGCGCAGUUGCGUGGGCUGGAGCAGCGUCCUUUGCUGAAUUAGGUGCGGCCAUGCCUGUGAAUGGCGGCCUACAGGAGUACCUCUACGAGAUGUACGGCUCUUACAUGGCAUUUCUUGCAUCUUGGAUAUGGAUCUUUGCCACCAAGCCGUCCUCCAUGGCCAUCUUGAGCAUCAUAUGCGCGAAGUACUGGACCGAGGUUUUUCUACCAGCCAACGACGAAGAGCCAUUUUGGCUAAACAAAAUCAUUGCCACAUCGGCUCUGGCAAUGAUGAUAUUCUUUAAUUCAAUCAGUACCCGAGCAACUUCUCGUCUUGCCAAAGUCUUCCUCAUCAUCAAGUUGCUCACAGUGGCGUUACUAUUGGUGUGCUGUCUUGUGUUCAUCGUGUUUGGGUUUCACGUAGGGACAGAUACGCCCAACCGCGACUGGAUCACGAAGAAUUGGUUUCAAUAUCGCAAUGAAGGAGAGGACUUUUCGUUCAUCGACUGGAACAGUGCUUCUCAAUGGAGCAAGAUUGGAGAAAUCACAAUGGCGAUCUACGCCGGACUCUGGGCAUAUGCCGGAUGGGACAAUGCAAACAUUGUAGCGGGCGAGAUGCAAGAUGCAGCCAAGGAAUUGCCUGCCGCGAUUCACACAGCGGUCCCAGCUGUCAUAGUAUGCUUCCUUUGCGCCAACUUGUCCUACUACAUCCUGAUACCAUGGAACGUGAUUGGAGCCAGCGACACAGUCGCGGAGACGGCCGGCCAAAAUGUUUUGGGCAGGUCCGGUGCCGUAAUUUUUGCUUUGCUCAUCUCCGUUGCUUGCCUUGGGUCAAUUAACAUCAAUGUGUUUACAAGUGCGAGACUCACGAUCAGUGCAGUGAAUAAGGGCUAUCUCCCGAAAUUACUUUCAGGACAUGGCCACAGCCAGAAUGGGCAACCUCAAGAUCGUCAGCUACAAGACGCUGCUCGAGAUUGUGGCCUGUCUUCAAAGCUACUGAGUCUUUUCGGAGAGGGUCCUUUCUGGCAAACUCCAAUCUAUGCUUUUCAAUGGUUGCCUCACAAUAGUAUACAUACUAGUUGGUACCUUCAGCGCUCUUGUCACGUUCAUAGGCAAGUUUUAACGCUUGCACCGCAUUGGUGUGGAUGGAAAAAUAUUGACGGAUCUUCGAAAACAGGUAUAGCGGAGUACGUCUUCUUCUUCUUCGCUGUUUUGGGUCUUCUUCAUAUGCGUGUGAAGCAACCUCACCUCCAUCGACCUUACAAAGCCUUCAUCGGCAUCCCGCUAUCAUUUACACUCAUCAGCCUUGUUUUGGUAGUUCGAGGAAUACUCGCUGCUCCCGCACAAGGAAUAGCGAUCGCAUUGUUGCUAUUGUCAGGGACUAUCUGGCACUUCAGAGAAUCAGACACCUUCGACAUCUCAAGGAGAAGAGUACGAUACCAACCCAUUCCGGCAUGAUAAGGUACGACCCGGACAAAGGCUUUGAUUAUAUUGCGGUUGUAACAAAAGAUUGAGUAGAAUCUAGCUCGCAUUUGAGGUAAUGUCCUUUGGUCGGAUUAUGCCGUAGACCGCCAGAAGAUUGCAACAGUUCAAACACUCUCGGCGAUCGAUUUUGCCUUCCUCAACUUGUUAUG